CCUGGCUGGCUGUCUGUGGCACAGGAGCAACGCUAGCUAGCAUUCUGUUAACAUUCGGUUGACUGUGAUUAUCUGAUAGAAGUAAUGAAUUUACUACCAUCAAAUGCACAUGGGAACGGACUCUUGUAUGCUGGAUUCAACCAGGAUCAUGGAUGCUUUGCUUGUGGAAUGGAGAAUGGGUUUAGAGUGUACAACGCAGACCCACUCAAAGAGAAAGAAAAACAAGGGACACAGCAUUGUGACGGCGAGAGCCAAGAGUUCAUGGAGGGCGGGGUCGGGCAUGUGGAGAUGCUGUUCAGGUGUAACUACCUAGCGCUGGUCGGAGGAGGGAAAAAGCCCAAAUACCCACCUAACAAAGUAAUGAUCUGGGAUGACCUGAAGAAAAAGACGGUUAUAGAAAUCGAGUUCUCCACGGAGGUCAAAGCAGUGAAGCUUCGAAGGGACAGGAUCGUGGUGGUCCUGGACUCGAUGAUCAAAGUGUUCACGUUCACCCACAACCCUCAUCAGCUGCAUGUGUUUGAGACCUGCUUCAACCCCAAAGGUCUGUGUGUGCUGUGUCCCAACAGUAACAAUUCUUUGCUGGCGUUCCCGGGGACCCACUCUGGGCACGUGCAGAUCGUGGACCUGGCCAACACAGAGAAGCCUCCAGUGGACAUCCCCGCCCAUGAGGGGGCGCUGUGCUGCAUCGCCCUCAACCUGCAGGGGACCAGGAUAGCCACCGUCUCCGAGAAAGGGACCCUGAUCAGAAUAUUUGACACCAUGGCAGGUCACCUGAUUCAGGAGUUGAGGCGAGGGUCACAGGCUGCUAACAUCUACUGCAUCAACUUCAAUCAAGACGCAUCCCUCAUCUGUCUGUCUAGUGACCACGGGACAGUCCACAUAUUCGCAGCAGAGGACCCCAACAGGAACAAACAGUCCAGCUUAGCCUCGGCCAGUUUCCUUCCUAAGUACUUCAGCUCCAAGUGGAGCUUCUCCAAGUUCCAGGUUCCAUCAAAUUCGCCGUGUGUGUGUGCCUUCGGAACAGAACCCAACUCUGUCAUAGCCAUUUGUGCUGACGGCAGCUACUACAAGUUCCUGUUCAACCCGAAGGGGGAGUGUUCCCGAGACGUCUACGCCCAGUUCCUGGAGAUGACUGAUGAGAAGAUCUGACCUUUAACCCCAACCACCUCCUGCAGAAAGACAGACCUUUAACCCAACCACCUCCUGCAGAAAGACAGACCUUUAACCCAACCACCUCCUGCAGAAAGACAGACGUGUCCAGGGUUGACCUUUAACCCAACCACCUCCUGCAGAAAGACAGACGUGUCCAGGGUUGACCUUUAACCCAACCACCUCCUGCAGAAAGACAGACCUUUAACCCAACCACCUCCUGCAGAAAGACAGACCUUUAACCCAACCACCUCCUGCAGAAAGACAGACGUGUCCAGGGUUGACCUUUAACCCCAACCACCUCCUGCAGAAAGACAGAUGUGUCCAGGGUUGACCUUUAACCCAACCACCUCCUGCAGAAAGACAGACGUGUUUAUUUUCUGGAGCAGGAUGACAAGGGGGAUG